GGCCUAAAAUUUAGGUGGGCGGGAAGAACCUGUGACGGAGCUUUGACCGCUGCACAGGCCAGAGACCCUGGAGUCCUCCUCACCCCGGGGUUGGGGGCCGGACCUGCUGAGCCUGGCCGCCCCCUCUCCACACCCACUCCCAGCACCUGGCCCGACCUAUCGGAUGGCGGCUACGCCUCCUUUACCCUACUGUCUUGCCUCAGGUCGCACCCUGCGCGGGCCCAGUACUCGGCCGUCAGAGGGAGCUGCCGGGCUCUGGAGGUCGCCCCGGAAACCAUGGAAGUCCUCGUCCUGGCCGGAUACCGCGCGCAGAAGGAGGACGAGCUGAGUCUGGCGCCCGGGGACGUGGUCCGGCAGGUGCGCUGGGUGCCCGCGCGGGGCUGGCUUCGCGGAGAGUUUGGGGGCCGCUAUGGCCUCUUUCCCGAACGCCUGGUGCAGGAGAUCCCAGAGACCCUGCGGGGCUCCGGAGAGGCGCGGAGGCCGCGCUGUGCGCGCCGCCGAGGUCACCCUGCCAAACACCCGAGGCCCCAAAGAUGGUGCAAAGUGAACUUCAGCUACAGCCCAGAGCAGGCGGACGAGCUGAAGCUGCAAGCUGGGGAGAUCGUGGAAAUGAUAAAGGAGAUUGAGGACGGCUGGUGGCUGGGGAAGAAGAACGGGCAGCUGGGAGCCUUCCCGUCCAACUUUGUGGAACUGCUGGACAGUGGGCCCCCAAGCCUUGGUAAUCCAGACAUGCCUUCAGUCAGCCCUGGUCCCCAGCAGCCUCCCAAGCUGAGCAGCCUGGCCUAUGACAGCCCUCCAGACUACCUGCAGACAGUCUCCCACCCUGAGGCCUACAGGGUCCUGUUUGACUACCAGCCUGAGGCCCCAGACGAGUUGGCGCUGCGGAGGGGGGACGUGGUGAAAGUACUCAGCAAGACCACAGAGGAUAAGGGCUGGUGGGAAGGAGAGUGUCAAGGACGAAGAGGAGUUUUUCCAGACAACUUCGUACUCCCACCACCCCCCAUCAAGAAGCUGGUCCCACGGAAAGUGGUAUCUCGGGAAUCAGCUCCUACUAAGGAACCAAAAAAGUUGAUGCCCAAAACAUCCCUCCCCACAGUCAAGAAGCUAGCAACAGCCACCACUGGGCCCAGCAAAGCCAAGACAUCUCAGACACCCAGCAGGGACAGUCAGAAGCUCACCUCCCGAGACUCAGGCCCCAAUGGUGGCUUCCAAAGUGGGGGUUCGUGUCAGCCUGGCCGAAAGCGAUCCAAAACCCAGACUCCCCAGCAACGCUGUGUGUCCAGUCAGGAGGAAGAGCACAGCAGCCCGGCAAAGGCCCCCUCUGUGAAGAGAACCCCCAUGCUGGACAAGACUGCCACCCCAGAGAACGCCCCCAGCUCCAAGAAGAUCCCGGCUCCUGACAAAGUCCCCUCCCCAGAGAAGACCCUCACUCUAGGGGACAAGGCCUCUAUCCCAGGGAACUCCACCUCGGGGAAGAUCCCAGCUCCUGACAAAGUCCCCACCCCAGAGAAGAUGGUGACUCCGGAGGACAAGUCUUCUAUCCCAGAGAACUCCAUCAUCCCAGAGGAGACCCUGACUGUGGACAAACCCUCCACUCCAGAGAGGGUCUUUUCAGUGGAAGAGGCCCCUGCCCUAGAAGUCCCACCUAUGGAUAAAGUCCCUGAUCCAAAGAUGGCCCCUCUGGGGGAUCAGGUCCCCACCCUAGAAAAGGUCUUGACUCCAGAGCUUUCUGAAGAAGAGGUGUCCACCAGAGAUGACAUUCAAUUCCAUCACUUCUCUUCGGAGGAAACCCUGCAGAAGGUCAAGUACUUUGUAGCCAAAGAGGAUCCAUCAUCCCAGGAGGAGGCCCACACGCCAGAGGCACCCCCACCCCAGCCUCCUUCCUCAGAGAGGUGCCUGGGAGAGAUGAAAUGUCCCCUAGUUAGAGCGGACAGCUCCCCACGCCAGGCUGAGUUGAAGUCUGGGCCAGCGUCCAGGCCUGCCCUUGAGAAGCCCCACCCCCACAAAGAGGCUACAACCCUUCUAGAGGAGGCACCUUCCAAAGACGAGAGGACCCCUGAAGAGGAGGGGCCCCCCAACGAGGAGAGGCCUCUGAGAGAGGAGGUGCUCCCCGAAGAGGGAGUGGCUUCCAAGGAGGAGGUAACCCCGAAAGAGGAGUUACCCCCAAAAGAGGUGCCCCCUAAAGAGGAAGUGGCUCCAAAAGAGGAGGUGCCCCCUAUAGAAAGAGCCUUUGCCCAAAAAACACGUCCUAUCAAGCCGUCUCCAGACUCCCAAGAGACGCUCACCCUCCCCUCCCUGGUCCCGCAAAACUACACGGAAAACAAGAAUGAGGGAGUCGAUGUAACGUCGCUGAGGGGCGAGGUGGAGUCUCUAAGGAGGGCGCUGGAGCUGAUGGAGGUGCAGCUGGAGAGGAAGCUGACCGACAUCUGGGAGGAGCUGAAGAGCGAGAAGGAGCAGCGCCGGCAGCUGGAGGUCCAGGUGAUGCAGGGGACCCAGAAGUCCCAGACCCCGCGCAUCAUCCACACGCAGACGCAGACCUACUGAGGGUGGGCCUGGGAAGAGACCGCGGCCUGACCUGGCUGGGGCCACCCACGUCCUUGCACACGACUUUGGGAAACGCGAGAAAGUAAACUCUGCCUAGCACGGCGCCACGCCGGUCUGGUCGCUGGGGGCGGGGCCUGCGCGGGGGCAGGGCCUGGGCCUCCGCAUUCCUGACGGUCCCUCCCAGGCACAUCUGGCCAACAUGUGGCUCCCAUUACCGUU